AUGGCUUCAAACAAUGCGUCUGCGGGGAAAUGGGAAGUGGUGAAGAAGGGAAAGAAGAGCAGCAACCCCGGAGGGACUAAAAACCCCAGUGAUAAGAAGAAUGGAGCUCGAAAAGCUCUGGGGGAGUCGAACCUACAGCAGGCCAAACCUUUAAAGAUGUCCGAGACGCUGUUCGAGAACUUUGACAAAAUGGCAAAGAAGCAAAACAAAGAACAGGUCCCACCCCCAGCGGAGACUCAGACCAAGAAACCAGCGCCAACAAAACCAGCCAAGAAAGUCCUGUCCAGCUCCUCAGGCUCCUCAGGCUCCUCAGGCUCCCCGGCCAAGCACAGGAGCCUGGAGGACGCCUUCAGAGCCAGCCGUAAGUGUUCUAUACGUUCUCCUUAUGUCCCUUUGAUCCCGGCCAAGCACAGGAGCCUGGAGGACGCCUUCAGAGCCGAGCCUGGAGGACGCCUUCAGAGCCGUAAGUGUUCUAUACGUUCUCCUUAUGUCCCUUUGAUCCUGACCAAGCACCGGAGCCUGGAGGACGCCUUCAGAGCCGAGCCUGGAGGACGCCUUCAGAGCCGUAAGUGUUCUAUACCUUCUCCUUAUGUCCCUUUGAUCCUGACCAAGCACAGGAGCCUGGAGGACGCCUUCAGAGCCGAGCCUGGAGGACGCCUUCAGAGCCGUAAGUGUUCUAUACCUUCUCCUUAUGUCCCUUUGAUCCUGACCAAGCACAGGAGCCUGGAGGACGCCUUCAGAGCCGAGCCUGGAGGACGCCUUCAGAGCCGUAAGUGUUCUAUACGUUCUCCUUAUGUCCCUUUGAUCCCGGCCAAGCACAGGAGCCUGGAGGACGCCUUCAGAGCCGAGCCUGGAGGACGCCUUCAGAGCCGUAAGUGUUCUAUACGUUCUCCUUAUGUCCCUUUGAUCCCGGCCAAGCACAGGAGCCUGGAGGACGCCUUCAGAGCCAGCCUGGAGACCCUAGCGAUGUUCUUCCUAUGUCCCUUUGAUCCUGACCAAGCACAGGAGCCUGGAGGACGCCUUCAGAGCCGUAAGUGUUCUAUACCUUCUCCUUAUGUCCCUUUGAUCCCGGACCAAGCACAGGAGCCUGGAGGACGCCUUCAGAGCCCACAGGAGCCUGGAGGACGCCUUCAGAGCCGUAAGUGUUCUAUACCUUCUCCUUAUGUCCCUUUGAUCCUGACCAAGCACAAGAGCCUGGAGGACGCCUUCAGAGCCAGCCGUAAGUGUUCUAUACCUUCUCCUUAUGUCCCUUUGAUCCUGACCAAGCACAGGAGCCUGGAGGACGCCUUCAGAGCCGAGCCUGGAGGACGCCUUCAGAGCCGUAAGUGUUCUAUACCUUCUCCUUAUGUCCCUUUGAUCCUGACCAAGCACAGGAGCCUGGAGGACGCCUUCAGAGCCCACAGGAGCCUGGAGGACGCCUUCAGAGCCGUAAUGUUCUAUACCUUCUCCUUAUGUCCCUUUGAUCCUGACCAAGCACAGGAGCCUGGAGGACGCCUUCAGAGCCGUAAGUGUUCUAUACCUUCUCCUUAUGUCCCUUUGAUCCUGACCAAGCACAGGAGCCUGGAGGACGCCUUCAGAGCCGAGCCUGGAGGACGCCUUCAGAGCCGUAAGUGUUCUAUACCUUCUCCUUAUGUCCCUUUGAUCCUGACCAAGCACAGGAGCCUGGAGGACGCCUUCAGAGCCGAGCCUGGAGGACGCCUUCAGAGCCGUAAGUGUUCUAUACCUUCUCCUUAUGUCCCUUUGAUCCCGGCCAAGCACAGGAGCCUGGAGGACGCCUUCAGAGCCGAGCCUGGAGGACGCCUUCAGAGCCGUAAGUGUUCUAUACCUUCUCCUUAUGUCCCUUUGAUCCUGACCAAGCACAGGAGCCUGGAGGACGCCUUCAGAGCCGAGCCUGGAGGACGCCUUCAGAGCCGUAAGUGUUCUAUACGUUCUCCUUAUGUCCCUUUGAUCCUGACCAAGCACAGGAGCCUGGAGGACGCCUUCAGAGCCCACAGGAGCCUGGAGGACGCCUUCAGAGCCGUAAGUGUUCUAUACUUCUCCUUAUGUCCCUUUGAUCCUGACCAAGCACAGGAGCCUGGAGGACGCCUUCAGAGCCGUAAGUGUUCUAUACGUUCUCCUUAUGUCCCUUUGAUCCUGACCAAGCACAGGAGCCUGGAGGACGCCUUCAGAGCCGAGCCUGGAGGACGCCUUCAGAGCCGUAAGUGUUCUAUACGUUCUCCUUAUGUCCCUUUGAUCCUGACCAAGCACAGGAGCCUGGAGGACGCCUUCAGAGCCGAGCCUGGAGGACGCCUUCAGAGCCGUAAGUGUUCUAUACGUUCUCCUUAUGUCCCUUUGAUCCUGACCAAGCACAGGAGCCUGGAGGACGCCUUCAGAGCCGAGCCUGGAGGACGCCUUCAGAGCCGUAAGUGUUCUAUACCUUCUCCUUAUGUCCCUUUGAUCCUGACCAAGCACAGGAGCCUGGAGGACGCCUUCAGAGCCCACAGGAGCCUGGAGGACGCCUUCAGAGCCGUAAGUGUUCUAUACGUUCUCCCUUAUGUCCCUUUGAUCCUGACCAAGCACAGGAGCCUGGAGGACGCCUUCAGAGCCGAGCCUGGAGGACGCCUUCAGAGCCGUAAGUGUUCUAUACCUUCUCCUUAUGUCCCUUUGAUCCUGACCAAGUACAGGAGCCUGGAGGACGCCUUCAGAGCCGAGCCUGGAGGACGCCUUCAGAGCCGUAAGUGUUCUAUACCUUCUCCUUAUGUCCCUUUGAUCCUGACCAAGCACCGGAGCCUGGAGGACGCCUUCAGAGCCGAGCCUGGAGGACGCCUUCAGAGCCGUAAGUGUUCUAUACCUUCUCCUUAUGUCCCUUUGAUCCUGACCAAGCACAGGAGCCUGGAGGACGCCUUCAGAGCCGAGCCUGGAGGACGCCUUCAGAGCCGUAAGUGUUCUAUACCUUCUCCUUAUGUCCCUUUCAUCCUGACCAAGCACCGGAGCCUGGAGGACGCCUUCAGAGCCGAGCCUGGAGGACGCCUUCAGAGCCGUAAGUGUUCUAUACGUUCUCCUUAUGUCCCUUUGAUCCUGACCAAGCACAGGAGCCUGGAGGACGCCUUCAGAGCCGUGGAUGUGUGUGACCUGAAGCAGCAGUUGUGUCGCAGUCAGACGCUGUUUCCUGAAAACCCUUCGGUCUGGGUCAAAGAUCUGGCCGGUUACCUGAACAUCCACCUGACGGCGCCCGAGACCGAGCCCACGCUCAGCAGCCACGCCCACGCCACGCCCACGGUAACGCACACAGCCACGCCCACGGUAACGCACACAGCCACGCCCACGGUAACACACACAGCCACGCCCACGGUAACACACACAGCCACGCCCACACUCAGCAGCCACGCCCACGGUAACGCACACAGCCACGCCCACGGUAACGCACACUGCCACGCCCACGGUAACGCACACAGCCACGCCCACGGUAACGCACACUGCCACGCCCACGGUAACGCACACAGCCACGCCCACGGUAACGCACACAGCCACGCCCACGGCAACGCACACAGCCACGCCCACGGCAACGCACACAGCCACGCCCACGGCAACGCACACACAGCCACGCCCACGGCAACGCACACAGCCACGCCCACGGCAACGCACACAGCCACGGCCACGGUAACACACACAGCCACGCCCACACUCAGCAGCCACGCCCACGCAGCCACGCCCACGGUAACACACACAGCCACGCCCACGGUAACGCACACAGCCACGCCCACGGUAACGCACACAGCCACGCCCACGGUAACGCACACAGCCACGCCCACGGCAACGCACACAGCCACGCCCACGGCAACGCACACAGCCACGCCCACGGCAACGCACACGGCCACGCCCACGGCAACGCACACGGCCACGCCCACGGUAACGCACACAGCCACGCUCAGCAGCCACGCCCACGGUAACGCACACAGCCACGCCCACGGUAACGCACACAGCCACGCCCACGGUAACGCACACAGCCACGCCCACGGUAACGCACACAGCCACGCCCACGGUAACGCACACAGCCACGCCCACGGUAACGCACACAGCCACGGUAACGCACACGGCCACGGUAACACACACAGCCACGGCCACGGUAACACACACAGCCACGGUAACGCACACAGCCACGCCCACGGCAACACACACAGCCACGCCCACGCCCACGCCCACGGUAACGCACACAGCCACGCCCACGGCAACGCACACAGCCACGCCCACGGUAACGCACACAGCCACGGCCACGGUAACUCACACAGCCACGCCCACGGUAACGCACACAGCCACGCCCACGGUAACACACACAGCCACGUCCACGGUAACGCACACAGCCACGCCCACGGUAACGCACACAGCCACGGUAACGCACACAGCCACGCCCACGGUAACGCACACAGCCACGCCCACGGUAACGCACACAGCCACGGUAACGCACACAGCCACGCCCACGGUAACGCACACAGCCACGCCCACGGUAACACACACAGCCACGGUAACGCACACAGCCACGCCCACGGUAACGCACACAGCCACGCCCACGGUAACGCACACAGCCACGAUUACCCAUACUGCCUCACCAGUAAAGAGCUGAAGGCUGUGAUCAAAGGCUUGUUCGGCCGCUGCAGCGACGCUCUGCCAGACUUCUUUGACCACUGUGUUUACACGAUGCUCCGGGAGUUGGACCGACAGUCAGGAGAGCCACUCUACGGUUAUAGAGUUUGUAUUCAGGCCAUACUUCAGGACAAGCCCAAGAUCGCGACUCAGAACCUGCCCGAGUAUCUGGAGCUGCUGCGCUCUGUCCACAAUCGUCCAGUGAAAUGUCUGACCAUCAUGUGGGCGCUGGGCCAGGCUGGAUUCUAUGACCUCAGCCAAGGACUGCGAGGUGAGGCGUCUGUGACUCUGAUGCUAUGCUAG